GGUCAAAGGCUUCUUCUCUCCUGCCUGGGCGCCCCCAACCUGCUUGCCUGCCUGGCCGCCUCCGGCCUUGCCCACAUUAAAUGGGGUGCGGUCCGUCGAUCCCCAACAAGCUGGGCGGGAAGGGCCGGAAGCGCCGGAGCGUCAUACAGGAGGUCGCCGUCUUCCUUCCGACCAUCCGCGUUCCGGUGGCCAUCGACAUCGUCCAUCCGCUCCGGGGACUGGUUUCCAAGGAGCUGCUCGACCGUCUCGCCACGCUCCGUUCCAACGUCGUCCUGCUGGCUGAAGAUAUCUAUCAUGGGGAUAUGGCGGCUAUAUCUGAAUUAGAACGCGCCCUGGAGGAGUAUCUCCCGGUCGUUCUCGGUUUAACAGCGAAAGAGAGCCGUCUUGAAGCAUCUGUACAAUUCAGUUGGAGGACCUUGGAUGAUGACCAGGAGUGUUGUCUCGCGAGCGCGUGGUAUGAAGUUCUUUCUGUUAUCCACAUGAUGGCGAUGCUGGCAUUGUUUGAGGCAAACCUGAAACUCAUUCCGAGGAACGGGCAGUAUGGAAUUGAAAAGAAGGUCUCAGAAGAUUCAAAGAAAGAUGUCGUCGACUCAUUGCUCCGGGCAUCAGGAUGCUUAGACUACUCUGUGCAUCGCUUACUUGUUCAGAUACCUGUACAAAUCAAGAAGAGUUUUCCUAGUUAUCUGCAGGAAGGUAUGCUUGAGGCCAUCUCAAUUCAGGCAUUGGCUCAGUGUGUAGAAAUACAGCUUGGAUUGGCUUCUGAAUGUGAUAAGGCAACAUUGUCGGUAAAGAGACGGCUAGCAUGUGAGCAAGUCAGCUAUUUUUCACAGGCUCACUAUUGUCUGUCGGGAUGCGACACAAGUGACUCGUACGGAAAGAAGCUUCUGCUGUUCCUUAAGUGGAAAUGCAUGGAUGCUAAGGCAGUGGCAUAUUACUACCAUGCUCUAGUACUUGACAAAGGCAGCGAACCGAGCAACCAUAUAAGCGCAGUAUGUUGCCUCUCUGCAGCUGAUGACCUCCUUGCAGAGAGCAAGAGAGCUUGUCUGAGCUUUUGCCUGGCAAAUCCUAUCACAAGGGUGCCUCCUCCUUGGGGUAUCAUGAAAAACAUGCACAAGAAAAUUCCAGAUGUUGCGUACAAGAAAUUCCAAAUUUAUGGACAUCUUUUUGAACAAGACAAGAAUAGUGCACUUCAAUCCUUGCCUGAUCUUCCGGAGUUUCCACUGUCUCUGAGACCUGAGGGGUACGAAUUUCCUUGCACUGAUUCAAUCUGGGAGAAUGUCGAUUGCCAACCUCAGAUUCAGAGCCUCAAGGAGCAUUUGAAGGACGAGGAAGAAGAAGCGGAAGCAAAAUGAGAGUUCAGGCUCCCGAAUGCUUCCUUGUAUUAUAUCCUUAAAACUGACGGGAGUUGCACAACUACUAGUUGAAACAUGCAUAAGGAAGAACCAUAGAAAAUCAAAAGAUUUACUGUGUAAGUGAAAAGUAUUUA